AUGUACAUUUUCGAAACUACCACCGCUACUCCGGGCGCCACUACCCUAAGGUGGUUUGGCAAGGAGCCCGGGGACUACUACUAUUACGAGGGUGGUCCGGACGUUAAUUGGAAAACCCGUCCCGAUUAUUUCUUCAAUCAAGAUACAGAGACAGCAGUGAUAACGAAGUCCGAGGUGGUGGAUCAUGCUGUGUCGUUUGUUGGUUUAUUUUUAAAUCUGUUUCAUUUUAUCGUUUUGAUUAGAAAAGAAUUAAGAACAAGUGUCGUGUUUAUAAUUAUCCUUGGAAUAUGCUUCUGUGAUAUUCUAGUAUUCUUAUCAAGCAUCACUCAAAGAUACUUUAGCAAUAGUGAAGAACGAGGAAUGUACGGUGGUUACUGUGGAACUGAUAAACAGUAUUGGAUGGUUUUUCUGGAGACGUUAUCUAGAGCGAUUCAGAAGUUUGGGAGACUCUCUUCAACUUUGUUGGCUUUUCUGGUUGCGUUGAUUCGAGCGGUUACUGUAGUUUUUCCGAUGAGUUCUAUAGUGGAUCGAUUGAUGAAAGUGAGAACUGGAAUAUUUAUUGUGUUGAUUUCACUGGCUCUGUGUGGAGCUCGAUAUGUACAAUAUUAUUGGGAGUAUAGUAUUUUCAAGGCUGGCACGUUUGCAUCGUGA